UGCUCCAACUGGUGAUCUGUUCGACAUGCGUGGCACUGAUCAGCGCCAUGGCAGCGACAGAGAGCUCCACGCCCGUCGAAGCAGAACUGUCUGAGCUGACGACAGAGUCGCAGACCCUCAGCCCCGACACAGCUGAUACGGUGCGCUCGAAAAGAGGCGACGGAAACGACAAGAGAGAAGCAAAAGUAGGGGAGAAAGAGCCGAGAAGUUUGUUUUCGUUUGAAUUCGUCGACGAAGAGGAUGAGGAGACGCAGAGGAAGAGGCGAUCGGGAUCGCCAGGAUCCGAUUUCCUGAAUUUGUUCGCGUCGAAACUGAAGCCGAAAGGAGGACUGCUAUCUGUGUCCAGUCCGGACAGAGCGUAUCCAGGACCCAUCUCGCCAGAGUGGCAGGAGCCGCUACAUUACGGUGAAAAAUCGUUCAACCUGUGGGGUUUCAAGAAGGCGAUAUUUGGAGCAAUAGUGCAGGCGGUGAAGGCCAUCACAGGUGGUGUGUUGGCCCUCAAAGGUCAACUGCUCAAGGUCAAAGGUCACAUCGUGGAAGCGAAGGGCAAGGUGCUGCAAACCAAGGGCGAGGCGAUCUCUCAGUUCGGAAAGCAUGUGGCCACUAAGGCAUUGCUCAAUCCCGCACCGCACUACGGACCUUCCAGUGCUGGCUCUGGGCCCGGCAUUAGCGCACCAGUCCAUUCGGUAAAAACGGUGAGUUACCCAAGCACUAGGGAAACAAGCUGCCUGAAAAGGAUCAAAAUCCCCGAGUGGGACGGCGGCACAGGAAUGCGCAAAAUCAAAGUGGUCAAAAUCAACAAGUGCGCCAUUCGAAACGACAAAUGGCCACCUGGUGACACCGCUCAUAUCAGUUUUCCUCCAGGUGGGCCUUCUGGAUAUGCUGGUCCCUCACCAAUCUCUGCUUCUGCACCUGUAUACGGACCACCAAUUCAUUCUGCCGGUCCGCCGCCAAUAAUCGGAGGACCCCCGCGUCCAGGGCUGCCUUCCCCCCUGCCACCAAAAGUGAUUCCCGCCGGUCUGGGGCCAAGACCACUUCCACCCUUGCCCCCCCUUAAAGGAAUUCCAUCAGUUUACGGUCCACCUUCGCAUUCAGCCGGGCUAGGCGCACUGCCCCCAAGCGGAGGCGGCGGUUCCUAUGGCCCCCCACCUCCAGGUCACUUCGGAGGCGCCCCAGCCGCCCCCAGUCCGUUCCUCAGUUCCUAUGACAGGCCACAAGGCCCCCCGGCUCAGGGCUACGGCGCUCCGCCUCCACCAGGAAACGAGUAUCUGCCAGCCGCUGGCUACGGAAAGCCCUUGCAAGAGUAUGGGCAGCCGUACAAGAGGGAUUCCAACGCUUUGCCCGACGGUGUACAGGCAGGUCUCCUCGUUCUGAGGCCGUUCAAAUCAAAAUCAGCACUGUACUCACCAGAUCACUCAAAUCGCAGAUCAUCGGAAUUUGAGGAGUAUUAUUGAAAUACUUGACUCCAGCUCAAGUUAAAAGACGCAGACAGGAUUCGAGGACAAAGAAAGAAGCAAGUGGAGACAGGAUGAAGAAGGAGAUAAGCUUAGACGAGACGAGGAAGGGAACACAGGAGGGAGAAAACACAACAGUACAGACCACUUCACAGAAGGCAUAAUCAAGGACUCGUCGAUUUUCCGAACCAAGAUUUUCUUGAAAACCUACCACGGUGACACCGUCGUUUCAAAGCUCAAUUUCAAUCAAAUUAUAGAACAUACAGCUGAACACUAUGAGUACCGUACUGUGUAAAUAGGAAUGAGACUCAUCUUGCCAAAUGAUCAAAUGCCAUUACGGAACUGUAUAGUUUGAAGCAUACCUCGUUAAAAACGUGUUUAACUAGUAAUUAUAACAAUGAGCGAGAAUCAACUAUUAAUGUUUAAGUUUUUCCUUACAAAACUGCUCAAUCUUAUCAGAUUUCAAAAUAACAAAAAAUAUUAGGCUACAAAUGUUGAUACCAUUUCAUUAAUAAAAAAUAUGAGUAUAUUCAAUCAAAUACCUAGGAAAUGAGUAUUUCAAAUGUUAUUUCCUAUUACAAAUUAAUGAUCUGCAGUAUUUCGAAAAAAUACUUAUUUAAAACACAGAUUGAAUUGAAAUUCUUUCAGUUCUAUCAAUUGUAAUACAUUUUAAGAUAUUGAUUAUUCAACACUAUCAGAAACAAAAUUAUUAUUUCAUUAGCUGAGAACGUUACCAUGAUCUAGGAAGGUUGUUAUUUGGUACUUCUUGAAUAUUUUCCAGAAAAACAGCAGAAUUUAUUAUGUACUAUUUCAUUCAUAUGAAGCAUCCUUCUAAUAAAAAUAAUAGAGGAAAUUCUGAAAUUAAACCUCAUCAUAGAAAAUGUGAUUUUCAAAAUAUAGACAUGUUUUUUGUUACUCUACAACUGAGAAAUCCACAGUUAACAUUUGAAAUUACUGCUUGAUAAAGUAUUAUUUCAAUGAUUUUCAAAGAUUUCUCAUGCUGAGGAUUCAAUAUACUAUCAUGUGUGAUUAAUUAUCGAGAAACAUUGAAAAUAAUAUAUUUUUGUAAAUAAAUGUAACGAUAUCAAAGAUUUCUUGUAAUGUUUAGGUUAAAUCUAGCUUUACUUAUUUAUAAUAAACAUUAGACGAUUUUUGUAUUUUAUUGUGAGUGCAGUCAACUUAUGAAAGGAGUGCUGAAUGUACAUUGUUUUGCGAUAAACAUGUAAAUAUGGUGUGUA